GAGUCAUGUGAGAUGCCUCUGGGGGGCCCCUCCAGGCAGUGGGGCCCCCAGACAACUGCCUCCCCUUGCCCGAUCGUUGUUACGCGCCUGCUUCUAUGUGUUUUUCAACGCAUCGUGAAAGGGUUUUGGUCGUUCAUAUUGCCCACCACUGCAGCCAGUUUUCUGGGCAGGGGGUGUCCAUAUAUGGGGGUGUCCAUAUUCCAUCGGAAUCACAUUCACAUGCCUCUCCAUUUUGGGCCAAUGGGAGUCGCGGAGGGGGCAGGGAUCCACUGAUGCAAUUAACUCUUUUAAAAUAUAUAUAUAUAUAUCGGUGCCUUUGUGCAAAGCUGCCAGCAGGGGGAAGAACAGCUAGGGCCAAAAGUUGACUCUUGUGCAAGAAACAGAGUGAAUUUUUAAAAUAUAUAUAUAUAUGUGGCUUUACAUAUCAACAGAUCUUUGAUCUGCCAAAUAAGCCAGCCAAUUCACACCGCACAAAAAAGGAGGAACCAUGAACGUGUCCGAAAAAUAAGUCUGAUGAAAAACAAAAGCAAAUGCGAUCGAAAUCAAAAGCUGAAAGCAAAUGAAAAAUCGGGUUGCACCUUUGCACAAAAACCCAGGUUGAAGUUAAUAUUUACUUCAAGUGCUUCAUGUUAAGGAGUCAUCAAUCACAUAUAGUUCGUUAGACCUUCGGAGAUUUUCCUUUGGGUCUCUACAAUCUCGAGUGAGGGACCUGGUAAGUCAUCUGCAGGUGAUAUAACCCCUGAUAAGGACAAUGAAGCUUCUCUCCAAGCUCCCACGUUUAAAGUCGGCUAGCAUCAAUUAUAGGUUGCCUUAUGGAAUCAAGAGCCAGACCUGCAGUGGAUUUCCAUGGCCGGGUUUUGCUGACUCUGAAGCCCUCUUCAAAGAUGUGCCAGAGCAUUUUAAUUUUGCAGUCGACGUGCUGGAUAAAUGGAGCCAAAGGGAUAAGGAUGGAAGGAGACCUCCCAACCCAGCUCUCUGGUGGGUUGGCGACCAAGGUGACGAGGUGAGGUGGACUUUCGAGGAGCUGGGAUUCUUCUCCAGGAAAGCAGCCAACGUGCUCUCUCAAGCCUGCAAGCUCUCCAAGGGAGACAGAGUCCUAAUAAUGCUGCCAAGGGUACCUGAGUGGUGGCUGAUCACCGUAGGCUGCAUGAGAGCAGGGAUUGUCUUUAUUCCAGCCACAAUCCUACUGACAGCUAAAGAUAUUCUGUACAGACUCCAAACCUCGAAGGCCAAAUGCAUCAUUACAAACGAUGCCAUGGCACCUUUAGUAGAUUCAGUUGGAUCUAGUGGCCCCUUGCUGAAAAGCCGGAUGCUGGUCUCCAAAGGCAGCAGAGAAGGCUGGCUGGACUUCCAUAACCUGCUCAAAGCUGCAUCUGAUGAGCACCAGCCUGUUAAAACAAAGAGUCAAGAUCCAAUGACCAUCUACUUUACCAGUGGCACCACAGGCAAUCCCAAGAUGGUGGAGCAUUCCUGUAGCAGUUUGGGGAUAGGACUGACGUUUGGUGCACGGUUUUGGAUGGAAAUAAAUCCUACAGAUGUUAUGUGGGGUCUGUCUGAUCCAGGCUGGGUAAAAUUCGCCUUUAGUGCUUUGUAUUGUCCAUGGAUCCAAGGCUCAUGCAUCUUUGCACACGGCAUGCUGCAGUUUGACCCGACCGCUGUUCUAAAGCUUCUCGCCAAGUACCCUGUGACAACUUUCUGCGGCACACCAACUAUUUUUCGUAUGCUUCUGCAACAUAAUGUUAGCAGAUAUCAGUUCAAAAGUCUGAGGAAUUGUCAGAGUGGUGGAGAACCAACCAACCUUGAAGUGCUGGAACAGUGGAAGCUUCAGACAGGACUGGAGAUCCAUGAAGGAUAUGGGCAGACAGAGACGACUAUGCUAUGUGGAACUGGACGAGGCAUGAAGGCCAAGCCUGGGUUUAUGGGGAAGCCCUUUCCACCCUAUGAUGUCCAGAUUAUCGAUGAGCAUUGUAAUCGCCUGCCUCCCGGGAAAGAAGGCGACAUUGCUGUUAGAAUCAAACCCACAAGGCCCUUAGGCCUCUUCCUUGGCUAUGUGGAUGAUCCAGAGAAAACGGCUGCAACAGAACACGGAGACUUCUACCUCACCGGGGACAGAGGGAUCAUGGAUGGAGAUGGCUACAUCCGGUUUGUGGGGAGAGCAGAUGAUAUCAUCUUGUCCUCUGGAUAUCGCAUUGGGCCGUAUGAAGUGGAACAUGCUUUGACAGAACAUCCAGCAGUAGCGGAAUCAGCUGUUGUCAGCAGCCCCGAUCCCAUCCGAGGAGAGGUUGUGAAAGCAUUUAUCAUCCUGUCUCAUGCCUAUCAGUUGCAUGAUAAAGCAAAAUUGAUUACUGAACUGCAAGACCAUGUCAAAAAAGUUACAGCUCCAUACAAGUACCCCAGAAAGAUAGAAUUUGUUCAACACUUACCCAAGACAAUUUCUGGGAAAAUCCAAAGAAAGGAGCUUCGGAAGAAGGAAUGGGAGAAGGCCUAAUUGGACUUCAAAAAUCCUAAAAAAUGGUUCAUCUUUAUCUCUCCCAUAAUUACAUUUUGCAGAUUUCAA